GGUAAAUCACUUGCCAUCCUUACGCUACACCUUCCCACUCUCAAUAAGAACCCUGUUUCUCUAUCCAAUUUCAAAGAUCUCUUUAUUGUCGUUCAAAAACCCUGCUAGGGUUUAUAGACUCCAAAACCCAGCAUCGUACUACUCUACAUUUUCAAGUUUCCUUUUGUAAACUGCAGCUAUGGCGCUCUUCAGUAAAGUUGGGAACAUACUCAAACAGAGUGUAAGCAAGCAGGUCACCUCACAAUUUUCAGCUUCUAACCCAUCUAUUUACCAGGCUCUAAGAUACAUGUCGUCUUCAAAACUCUUUAUUGGAGGUCUUCCAUGGGGUGUAGAUGACGGAAGCUUAAGAGAAACUUUUUCUCAAUAUGGUGAAGUAAUUGAUGCAAAAGUCAUUGUUGAUCGUGAGAUGAACAGAUCUAAAGGGUUUGGCUUUGUCACAUAUGCUUCUACCGAAGAGGCUUCUAGUGCUAUCCAGGCUAUGGAUGGGAAGGAUAUGCAAGGUCGUACAGUGAAGGUGGAUUAUGCAACAGAAAGACCACCAAGAUCAGGUGGUGGCGGCUAUGGCGGUGGCGAAGGCUAUGGUGGCGGUAGAGAGGGAGGUUUUGGUGGUGGUGGCUAUUCUCCACCAUUCGUAUUCUACACCUUCCCACUCUCAAUAAAAUCCCUGAUUAUCCAAUUUCAAAGGUCUCUUUAUUUUCGAUCAAAAACCCUUGUUAGGGUUUAUAGACUCCAAACCCAGAAAGCAUCGCACUACUCUUCAUUUCAAGGUCUAGCUAUGGCAUUCUUCAGUAAAGUUGGCAAUAUACUCAAACAGAGUGCGAGCAAGCAGGUCACCUCACAAAUUUUAGUAUCUAACCCUUCUAUUUAUCAGGCUCUAAGAUGCAUGUCAUCUUCAAAACUCUUUAUUGGAGGUCUUCCAUGGGCUGCAGAUGAGACAACUUUAAGGGAAACAUUUUCUCAAUAUGGUGAAGUUAUUGAAGCGAAAGUCAUUAUUGAUCGCGAGAUGAACAGAUCUAGAGGGUUUGGUUUUGUCACAUUUGCUUCUAGCGAAGAGGCUUCUAGUGCUAUCCAGGCUAUGGAUGGACAGGAUAUGCAAGGUCGUACGGUGAGGGUGAAUUAUGCAACAGAUAGAGCACCUCGAGCAGGUGGCGGCGGCUAUGGCGGUGGAGGUUACGGAGGCGGCGGUUAUAGUGGUGGAGGCUAUGGUGGUGGGGGGCAAAACUAUGGAGGAGGGCAGAACUAUGGAGGAGGGCAAAAUUAUGGAGGUGGUCAAAAUUAUGGAGGCAACUCUGGCGGUGGUUAUGCUCCUAGUGGAGGCUCUGGAGGUGGUGGUUACGAUGUUGCUGGUGGAGUUAGUGGAAGUGAUCCCUUCGGUGUUCCCGACGCUGGCUUCCCAAGCAGCGGCCCAGAGGGUGGUUCUACAGAUCAAUUUGGCAACAGUGGCUUGGGUGAUGGUACUGGAGGAGUCUUCAAUUCUAAGGAAGAUAACUUUGGGGAUGAUGAUGACUUUGCUAAAAGGGCUUGAUCUUUCUUAAAGACUAGUUUUGAGUGCUGACAACAUAAAAAUAAUGGCUAUUCUUUUCAAACGGAAGAAAAGAAACGAAGUUUUAAUCCCUGCAACAAAUAUGAUGUCAGACAAUUGUUUCUGUCGUUAGGACAAUCUCAGUAUAGUUGUUUAUUUUCCAUAUACUCGUUUAUCUUGUCGUUGUUGAAGGUGUUUAGUAUAUUGUCUCAUGGAUCUGAGAACAUGUUAAAACUCUUUUGCUAUAAGAAAUGUCAAGUUUUCCCUA